CUCUCAGCGAACUCAAAGAUGUGACGCAGGCUUCAUGGAGAAGAGCCUCGAGACGCUGGAAACUUCCGGGCCAUAAGCUGUAAAGAAUGCUGGAUGUUCCUCGCACCUGAAAAGAAACAGCGGAUGAGAAUAUAGGCGGUCAUGGAUUUGAAAGGUAUAUGGAUCCUCCAUCUUUUUGCACACAUCAUUUGAGUUUUGAAGCUUUCAAGUUCCUGUGCAACUCAAUGGAAGGUGUCGAGAUCAACUCGGACGAGGGGACAGUGCCACAAUCGGCGAAGUCGACGUCGCAACCAUUACAGGGCGAAACCCGACUAUAGAUGCUCCUUGCCGAGCUUCUGGGAGUAAUAUGUGAACUUAUCAAAGUAGAAGAGUUUAUGGCUCUGGCCUUGUGUUCGCAAAGGCUCUGGUCUCACGCCACCAUGUGGAUAAAGAGUAGUUAUACUCGGUGGAAGAACAAAUAUUCUUGGGUCAACACUCCGAUAAUUUACACUGCCGCGGGACUGCGUGUUCUUCCUAAAGCGCUGCAGCACAUACUACCAGAACCGACCUCUAAAGAUACGGAGAGGGAAUCCGAGCGGACUGGCCGCCGAUAUGAGAUAGGGACAGCUCGUGCAUCGAUUUGGUUCAAGGAAUCUGCGGACAGUUAUGAGAAAGUACCAUUCCCCUACGACUGUUUAUACGAAGAGGUUUUCCUCAAGCAGUUUGAAGCGGCAUAUAUUCCCGAAAGACUUCACUCAACCAUGAAAGCUUCUUUGCCACGCUUCAACCUUGAACCUGGAGGCAGUUGGCUUUUGCGCAAUCUUAACAGAUCAAGAGUACAUAAGAAUGGAAGCUGUAGUAACCUCCGAUGGCGAGGCUACUAUUUCGUUACCAGGACGUCAAUGGCUCACUCUCGAUAUUCUCCUCCUAUGGCUCAUCAGUUGGAAAGCAGACUACAAAAAGAAGAGAAAGAAGGCCUGGUCUUGGGAGCAGCUCGAAACCUUCAUAGGUCUCACUGAUCAAGAGCUCUCAGAUGUAAGCCAAGACCUAUCAUUCGGGACAAUGUAUUACGACUUCUGGCCAAUCUGGGAUGGCCCUUGGGCACGCCACAGACUAGGCGUUGUAAUUGAGACGGGGUUGGAUAGUGACUGGAAGGAUCGGACUGAGAAUAUCACGAGAUUAGCCCCCAAAAUGCUGCGUAUGUUCUACAGACGUUCUCUCGCGGCUUAGGGAGAAGAAUAGGACUACUGGGAAGAGGCUUUUCGGCAAGGUGGUCACCAUUGGGAGUUCAGGCCGUCAUCUCCGUUUCUAUCGGAGGACUUAGACCUUGACUGGAACAAGCCAAAAGAAAGAUUGUCACGGAUUAAAUUAUUUUCAGAAGUUCUCAGAGCGAUGUACGUUGAUAUCAAUCUCUUCGCGUGA